AUGCAGCCAGCAGGAGCCGAGGACGGAGAUUUUGACGGAGAGAAGCGGCUGCGGUCGGCCCACUUCUUUCGAGAAGUGGUCUAUUCCAGUUCCAAAUUCUGGUCCGAUCAAGGCAGCGGGCGAUCGCAGCUCCCGGACCACAACGGCGACCCUCUGCUCGAAAACCUAUACUCUACUGAAUGGUCGACAGCUCUCAUUGAUGAUAUGGGUAUCGGAGAUGUUAAGUUGUCCUACAAGCCGGAGACGUAUUUCCCGUUUUUCGCCCGUCGAUUGGAAAUAUUGCAAGAAUUCAGCCUCGCGCAGACGCCAAGCUCGUGGAAGCUUCUAUGGAAGGAUCGAAGAGACCUCAAUCGGUUCUACACCUUGUGGGCUACUCUGAUAUUUGGCAUUCUUACCUUGAGCAUGGGACUGAUUCAGAUCUUACUCACUAUCGCACAGGUUGUAGCAGGCUUCAGGGUCAACGGCGGAAACUAA